AUGGGUGGCACCAAGCUCUCCGCACAGGAGAUAUCACGGCACAAUACUCCUACCGACUGCUGGAUUGUCGUUGACGGCCAGGUCUGGGAUGUGACGGACUUUCAUGAACAGCAUCCAGGCGGCUCAGCAAUUAUCUUGAAGUACGCUGGUCGUGAUGCAACGAAAGCGUAUUCCGAAGUCCACUCGCCCAAGGUGUUGAGAGACAACCUGCAGCCGGACAAGUUCAAGGGUGUCCUCGAUCAGUCGACUGUCGACGAAGAAUGGGCGAAACAGCCACCGACGGAGAACCCUCAUGUGGCCCUGGACAACGAAAAGCCGCCGCUGCACACCCUCAUCAAUGCUCACGACUUUGAAAUGGUCGCCUCCAAGACCGCACCCAAGAAGACCUGGGCGUUCUACUCCAGUGCGGCGACGGAUCUCAUUACACGAGACGCAAACAAAUCAUGCUUUGAUCGAAUAUGGUUCCGACCUCGCGUGCUGAGAAAUGUGCGCGAUGUCGAUACUCGAACCACGAUCUUGGGCGUCGACAGCCGCCUUCCGCUGUUUGUGAGCCCUGCGGCGAUGGCCAAAUUAAUCCAUCCCGACGGCGAGUGCGCUAUUGCUAGGGCCUGUGAGAGCAAAGGGAUCAUGCAAGGAGUAUCAAACAAUUCUUCGUAUUCGAUUGAAGAACUGGUCCAGGCGGCACCGAAAGGCAAUUUCUUCUUCCAGUUGUAUGUGAACAGGGACCGAGAGAAGUCCGCUGAGCUGCUCCACAAAAUUUCGGCCAUCCCGAAUGUCAAAGCGGUGUUUGUCACGGUGGACGCAGCGUGGCCUGGCAAGCGGGAGGCCGAUGAACGUGUCAAGGCGGAUGAGUCUGUGUCGGUGCCCAUGGCGCCGGCAAGAGUAACUAACGACAAGAAGGGAGGCGGUUACGGACGGGUGAUGGCUGGGUUUAUCGAUCCUGGCUUGACAUGGGACGACCUGGCUUGGAUACGGCAGCACACCCACCUGCCUCUGUGCCUCAAGGGAGUGAUGUCUGCCGAUGAUGCCAUCCUGGCGAUGCAGGCAGGUGUGGAUGGCAUUCUCCUCAGCAAUCAUGGUGGCCGCAACCUCGAUACUAGCCCUCCGUCUAUUAUUACUCUGCUGGAGCUCCACAAGCGGUGCCCGGAGAUCUUCGACAAGAUGGAGAUCUACGUGGACAGCGGCAUUCGGCGUGGAACUGACAUCCUCAAGGCCGUUUGUCUUGGGGCCACUGCGGUGGGCAUUGGCCGCAGCGCGCUCUAUGCCACGAACUAUGGCCAAGAAGGUGUUGAGCAUCUGAUAGACAUCAUGCAAGACGAACUUGAAACAGCGAUGAGAAACACCGGCAUCACAAGUCUUGAGCAAGCCUGCCCGGAGCUCGUGCACACCGGAGAUGUGGACCAUCUGGUUCCGGCAUCGCGGCAGCACCCGUACGCCAGAGCGGUUGCAAAGAACCGUCGACAGAAUCGGGCCUCGAAACUGUGA